AUGUCGACGCCAACGGCACCCUUGUUGGCGCCAUACACUGCCCCGCCACUCCACCAGUCUCUACACCUCAUAACGUCAGUUCUAGGGUCAACGAGCAAUUGGCUCGUGUUGAGGUGCCUCUGUGACACACUACAGGUAUCUUCUCUACGAAGAGGGAAUAUCGAUGGCCUGGAACGUGGCGUUGGAUUCGAGGGAGACGAUACUGAGAGGAGAGCGUCUGCAAACCGGAAAGUGGUGCUUGUCAGCUUCCUACGUGGCUGGGAAUUCUGGAGGGCAGAAGCAAGGAGGGUGGGCCUCGAUUUGAAUAAAUUAUCCAAGGAGGGGAGAUUCUCGUUUGUCGAUGGAGUCACCAAGCUCUUCGCCCCCAUUCCGUCACAAGCACCGAAGCCUGUAGUACCAGGAGGGGCUUUGGCUCCCGCAGCUCAUGCACGAAGGAGCUCUGUAUCAUCACCUUCUUUCCCAUUACCUGAUAGAACUCCUCCAAGCCCAUCACGGACUGCCCGUGCCUCCAGGCCUGGACCUAUAUCUCUUUCUGGACGGGCCAAUCCAUUACUUGCUCGCCCAGCGCCUCCUACACCUCCCAUUUCUACUGCAUCUCCUUCAACGUUUGCUUCACAAGAUACACCCGCCAGUGGUGGCAAUCAUCAGAAUCUGAAUAUAAGGACGCUUCGCUGGGCGCCGACAGCAGGAAAUAAUGGUGGCAUGGACGGAGUGGAGAAGGUUAUUACGUCUGCAAUAGAUGACAUUCGUAAAGAGCAGGCAAACGGUGAUAAAACUGAACAGGGGGGAGACAAUGGCGUGCUUCUUGUCCUUGAUCAGCCGGAUUUUCUGCUUGCUGCAACAGGCUCCAGUAUGCGUGUUGGUGCUACUGAGAUGGGUGAACUGAUUAUGGGACUGAGACGUCUCGUCCAUUCUACGAUAAUUACUGUGGCGGCUGACUCGCCACUUAUGCACGGCGGCCAACAACCUACGCCAUUAGAGAUAGAGCAUUCAGCGUUAGUAGUGUCUCUUGCCCAUCAAUCGCAGAUGGUUAUGCAGUUGAGAGGGCUGGACACUGGUGUGGCGAGAGAUGUGAGUGGAGUGUUGCGAGUGAGCAAAGGGGGAGCAUUAGCGGAUACAGAUACCCUUAAGAAUGAGGAGGGCGGAGAUUGGGAAGAGAGAGAGGUUCUGUAUUUUGUUCAAAGCGACGGAUCAGUGAAGGUCUUCGGGCGCGGUGAAUAG